AUGGCAGACACAGACUGGAGAAAUCAAACAUCUGUCACAGAAUUUAUCCUCCUGGGAUUCGGGGAUCUCCCUGACCUGCAAAUUCUUUUCUUCCUGAUGUUCCUAGUGAUCUAUGUGGCAACUGUGGCUGGGAACACCCUCAUUGUGGUGCUUGUUGUGGCUGAUCAGCACCUUCACACCCCCAUGUACUUCUUCCUGGGGAACUUGUCCUGCUUGGAGACCUGCUACACUUCCACCAUCCUGCCCAGGAUGCUGGCCAGUUUCCUCACUGGGGACAAAACCAUCUCAUUCAGUGGCUGUACAGAAUGCUGUCUCCUAGCAGCGAUGUCUUAUGAUCGGUAUUUAGCAAUAUGUAAACCCUUGCACUAUUCAGCUCUCACAAAUACCAGAUUUUGCCUCCAGUUGGCUGCUGGGUCAUGGUUAAAUGGUUGUUUGGUUACCGACAUCUUUGUAUUAUUCAUGUCACAGUUAAUAUUCUGUGGCCCGAAUGAAAUUGACCAUUUCUAUUGUGAUAUCAUCCCAUUGAUAAAACUCUCCUGCGGGGACACACGCCUGAUCGUAUUGUUGAAUUUCAUACUAGCCUGUGUAUUCACCUUGCCUCCAUUUCUACUAACCCUGACAUCCUAUGUGUGUAUCAUCGCCACCAUCCUGAGAAUCCCUUCCACCACGGGGAGGCAGAAGGCAUUUUCCACCUGCUCCUCUCACCUCAUUGUGGUGACAAUUUACUAUGGAACCCUAAUGAUUGUGUACCUGCUACCGAAACGCGACACGUUAAGCUUCCUAAACAAAGUGCUCUCUCUUUGUUACACAGUCCUGACUCCCCUGGCAAACCCCCUCAUCUACAGCCUGAGAAACAGAGAGGUCAAGGAAGCCUUGAGCAAAGCAGUCAGUAAAUAUGUGGCAUUCAGAAAAACAUGCAGAGAUUCCUAG